AUGGAUCUCGCAUGGGACCGGGGCUGUUGCACGAGCAUAUCACACAACGGUCUGGGAUGGCAGUCAGAUGUAUGUCUUCGGUGGCUGGAAUGGCGAGACCGGUACGAGCUUCAACGAUCUAUGGACAUAUCGCACAACGACAUCUACCACCAUCACGACCGGGACGUCGACAUCCAGCACGACCUCCUCAACUUCCUCCACGUCGACGUCAUCAUCUUCCACCACAAGUGUCUCAACCUCAUCAACCUCUUCAUCAUUGACCCACAGCACAUCCACCACAUCCACCACAUCCUCAACAACUGCCACAUCAACAUCAUCAAGUACCUCCGUGUCAUCAUCUGUCACAACGACUCGUUCCCAAACAACCUCCUCGACCAAGACAACUUCUGUUACUGCCAGCUCUACCAGUACUUCGACUACCACUAG